AUGUCCGGACCACUGUAUAUCGGUACUGAUCUGUCGACACAGCAGCUGAAAGCGCUAGUGGUAGAUUCCACCCUGAAGAAAGUCUACGAAGCAAAAUUCGACUUCGAUGCCGACUCCAAGGGCUAUGACAUCCGCAAGGGUGUCAUGACCAACGAAGCCGAAGGCGAGGUCUUCGCUCCAGUGACAUUGUGGCUGCAAGCCGUGGACACCGUGCUGGCCAGGCUCAAGGACGCCGGACUAGACUUCUUACGAGUCAAAGGCAUCAGUGGUGCUGGCAUGCAGCAUGGUAGCGUGUUCUGGAAUACGCAAGCCGAACAGGUCUUGGGAAGCCUCGAUCCAUCGCAAGGACUGGAAAAGCAAGUGGACAAAGCUCUUGCCCAUCCGUUCAGUCCCAACUGGCAAGAUGCAAGUACGCAGAAGGAGUGCGACGAGUUUGAUGCUAUCCUUGGGAGUGAGGUCGAAUUAGCGAAUGCUACAGGAAGCAAAGCACAUCACCGAUUCACAGGACCACAAAUCCUGAGGUUCUCACGCAAGCACCCGGAAGCAUACCAAAAAACACAUCGAAUUACGCUUGUCUCGUCAUGGCUGGCAACAAUUUUCCGUGGCAAAUUGGCGCCCUUCGAUAUCUCCGAUGUAUGUGGUAUGAAUCUGUGGGAUAUCCCGAAUGGCAGAUGGCAUCCCAAGCUGCUUGAGCUGGCUUCGGGCAAGUUUCCCGUCGAUGAGUUGAAAAGCAAGCUCGGCGACGUGCCAGAAGACGGAGGAGAACACCUAGGCCGGAUCUCCGAUUACUUCGUCAAGCGGUACGGCUUCAGCCUGAUUCCCGAUCCGGCGACACAUUUCUUCAACUCACCUACCACAGCAGGCAUUUAUAUGUUCAUGCUUUGUUACAAGAACGGCGGCUUGGCCAGAGAAUACGUCCGAGACGCUAUCAACAACCAGUCGUCAAUAUUAGCUGGCACAAAGCAUUGGGAGAUGUUUGAUAGAGAGCUACUCGCAGCUCCGCCCUUGGCAGCAAGCGACUCCAAGCCAGCACAGCUCGGGCUCUACUUUCCUCGACCAGAGAUCAUCCCAAAUCUGCCCCAAGGCGAAUGGCAUUACGAGUACGACCCGGAGAGCGAUGAACUCAGCAAGACGGGUAGUGUACGAAACGCGCCCGCAGAAGAUGCAAGAAUUAUCGUCGAGUCGCAAAUGCUCUCGCUCCGCUUACGCUCACAAGACCUAGUGCAAAGCCCCGCCGACGGACUGCCUCCACAACCUCGACGCAUUUACGUUGUUGGAGGCGGGUCACGCAACAAGGCCAUUGCGAAGGUUGCUGGCGAAGUGCUGGGCGGGAGCGACGGUGUCUGGAAGCUUGAUGUUGGCGAAAAUGCCUGUGCGCUUGGCUCGGCGUACAAGGCGGUAUGGGCCGUCGAGAGGAAGCAGGGCGAAACCUUCGAAGAUCUGAUUGGGAAGAGGUGGCGCGAGAGCGAGUUUGCGGAGAAGAUCGCGGACGGGUAUAAUAAGGAGUGCUUCGAAAAGUAUGGGAAGGCGCUGAAAGGGUUUGAAAGGAUGGAGAAGGAGCUACUCCAGGAGCACGGAAGGAAGUAA